AGACUAGUUUAGUUAUAUUAUUGAAUGUGGUUGUUGCGUGAAUUUCAGUUUUCGUAUAUAUCUACAUUCGAGAAAAAAAUUCGACUCUGAAAUUAAUAAUAGUGUCGGUGUGUGUUAAUUUCUGGUUUAUGGAAUAAUUUUUGGGAAUCUAACAACUUUUUUACUUAAUCAUCACGAGUUAAAUUGAUUUCUCAGUGCCUAUUAUUCCUUAUAACGAUAUUUUAUCAUGAAUGAAAGACGGGGUACUAAGGGUUUGGAGUUAUGGUGUCGCAAAAUGACCGAAGGAUACCCUGGAGUUAAAAUUGAUAAUAUGACAACCUCUUGGAGAGAUGGCCUUGCUUUUUGUGCCAUAAUACAUCAUUUCAGACCAGAUCUCAUUGAUUUCUCGAAGCUAAAUAAAGACGACGUGUAUCACAAUAAUGAAUUGGCGUUCAGAGUAGCAGAAGAGUAUUUGGGAAUUCCGGCUCUUCUGGAACCAGAAGAUAUGGUUGAAUAUGCUGUUCCAGAUAGACUAUCUAUAUUAACUUAUUUGUCACAGUUUUAUCAAGCGUUUGCUGUAAGAGAGGGUGCAUCGUCUGCUAGGAUUGCUCCAAAAAGACCCCAAGUGCCGUCCGAACAUGGAAUUGUCUCUCCCGCUUCUACCAGUCCGCCUACCAAAGUGGCUCUCACAGUAGGCAAACAGCGCAGAGAGCCUUGCGCCAAAUGCGGCCUACCAGUAUUCAUAGCCGAACGCCUUAAUGUAGGAAAAUCGCUGUUUCAUCGUACUUGCUUCCGCUGCGCUCGCUGCAAUAGUGAAUUAAUCCUAGGAGAUUACUACGAAACAGAAAAUUCUCAAUAUUGCUGCGAAAUUUGUCCAGACGAAGAGAAAAUUGUAUCAUCUCAAAAAGCUGUUUUGCAACGGUCGAUGAGUGAUGAGGAAAAAUCGGCGAGUUUGAGUGUAUUUACGAACGAGCCUGAUAAAUUCAGUACGGAGUUCGAGACUGCUUUAGAAAACGCCGAUGCGGAAAAAGUUCAGACGUUAAGCGAAGAAUUCUAUUCUGCCCGAUCCGAUUUCUUCCGAAGCCAAAUACCAUGCAGUGAGUCUAGUGAUUCAGCGAUAGAAGAUAAAGAGGAAGAAUCUCCCGAUUUACCUAAAAGUUCACCUCCUUCAAAAACCAGUGCAUAUUCAGUGAUAAGUGCUCAAGCCGAUUUCGACAUAAGUGCAGAUAAUGAACCAAUAAUAAAGACCAGUUAUAUUGUGCAAAACGACAGCGGUUUUCCUAACAAAGACAAUGUACAUAGUGAAUUUAACCUUAAUCUAAGUUCUGAUCAAGAAUCUCAAAAUGUUGUUACCAAAGAAGAAUCUUCUGAGGAGUCUUUAGUUAAGACUCGAAGACGAUUAUUUGAAAAUAACGUUACUGAUAUCAAGGCUGAUGUAAAUAGAAAAACAGUGCCUUUAUCAACUUUAUCAUCCAUUCCAAUUAGUAUUAAAAAUGAUUUACGUAAUAUUAGUGAUAUAAAUAAAGAUAUUUUGCAUAGCAAACAUAACUAUACAGAAAAAAAUGAUAACAUACGACCCGCAAGUGCGAUGGAAUCUCCUAAAAAAUCGUUUAUUAGCUCCAUCUCCUUAAAUGUUGAUAAACAACAAGAAAUUAUUGCUGAAACUCUGAAAGACAAUGUGUUACCUCAUGCUGCUAAUAAUGAAAACGACUUAAAUACAAGUAUUAUAUCCGUAUCAAGUUCUUCUCGAGACGAAAGUAAUUUUAUAGAUACUAGUAUUCAAUCUCUUGAAGAGGACAAUAAAAAUAAUUUGGAAGAUAUCAAUUCCAGUAUCAUUGACGAUUCUAUAAAAGCUGUAAACGAUUGCGUCGAAAUUAUGAAAUCUUUAGAAGAAAACAGCUUAGAAACAACUAAAGAUGAAACUGUAAAAACAGACAGUAUUUCAGACAAUGUAUCUAUUGAAAUCGAUGGUACACAUACAACUAGUACCGAAGAAGUUACAGAUACUGUCAAUUACAACAUCAACAACACGGAUAAUGAUUCAGAAAUACAACCACAAGAAAAGUUUGCAGAAACUAUCAAUUACAAUGUGAAAAAUGACUUUGAGGAAAAUUCUAAAGUGAUCGAAGCAAUUAAUACUUAUAUUUCAGAAGCUUCUCCAACAAUACCCGUUUCUAAGGACCAUCAUGUACUAGAAAAACAAGAAAGUUAUCCUGUUGAUCUCAAUCCUUUCGACGAAGAUCAAGGAUUGCCUAAUCAAUCUUCAAAUCCAUUUGGAAGUGAAGACGAAGAAGAAGAGAAAGUUAUAAUUUCUAAAAAACCCGUACCAAGUCCGAGAUUGAAGAAAAAAAUUGUACCAGAUCCCGAUAUAUUAUCGUUUUGUCAAGAAUUGAGGAAAAACGGUGUUAAACGUAUUAGUGUUAAUCCCUUUGAAAGUGAUGACGAGGAGAAGCCCGUGCCUGUACAGAGAAGAAAAAAAAUUAGUGUUCCUAAAAUCAGUUUGAAUCCAUUUUCCAGCGAUGACGAUGAACAGGAAAAUAUUGUAGCGAAACCUGUUCCACUGCCUCGUAGUCAAAGAAAUUCUGGAGAUACAAAGCGGAAAGAAUCUUUAGGAUUGUCGAAUGCUAAUCAUCACUUUGGUUCGAACUCGUCUAUUUCAAGUGGAAGUUACUAUGGAAGUACAAGAAAGAAGAGACCAGCUCCCAAACCUCCAGUUUCAGGAUUAUUUGAUUACUCAAACGCUAGUUCUUUAACUUCAACACCUAGUCAAAGCGUGCAACAUUCUCCUCGAGCAACACCAAAAUACAGAAAAAAUAAAAAGGCGCCUUUACCACCACAAACAAAUUCCACACCAAUUUAUAGAGAAGAUCAAGAAGAACUAAUUAAACCCUCCAAUGAAGUCCUCAAGGAAAAUAACGAAAUUGAACAAGAAAGAAGUGUUGAAGAUGAAUUAAUUAGAAAUAAGCAAAGUCUAAAUAUAGAAAAUAUUUCUCCCAUUACAAAUUCCAAUAAUCUGCCUGCGCCGAACAAAAGCACAUUUGGAAAAUGGAAACGAAAAAAAGGACAAGCACCCACAAAACCAGUUGUUCAAAAAAGAACUAUUAAAUGUCUUCCUAUGACUGAAAUUAAAAAGGAACUGGAAUUCAUCGAAGUUCAAUUGCAAGGUCUGGAAAAACAAGGUGUACGUUUGGAACUGAUUAUCAGAGACAAAUGUGAAGGAACGGGCAAUGAAAAUACAAAUGAUGAUAUUCCCAUUGAAGUGGAAGACUUAAUUCUUCAAUUAUUCGAGUUGGUCAAUGAAAAGAAUGAACUAUUUAGAAAACAAACUGAAUUGAUGUAUUUGAAAAGACAACAACGAUUAGAAGAAGAACAUGCAGAUGUAGAAUAUGAAAUUAGAUAUCUUAUGAUGCUUCCUGAAGCUAUUAAAACUGAUUCUGAUAAAGCCCGAGAAGAACAGCUAAUUAAAAAAUUAGUGGAUAUCGUGGAAAGAAGAAACAAAAUAGUUGAGUGCCUUGAAAUGGAUAGAAUUCGUGAAGCCGAAGAAGAUGAUAGUAUAAGCAAUCACAUUAAUUUAUUUGCCCAAAGUAGAGAGAACAAUAAAUCCCAAUUAGAAGAAGAGAAAAAACAGAAAGAUAAAGACAAGAAAAAGCUCAAAAAAGAAAAGAAGUCAAAGCACAAAAAUAAGAGUAAUUCAGAAGUUGAUAAAAGUGUAAAAACCAGUGGAGAAAAGAAAGAAAAGAAAAAGUUUAAUUUAUUUUAGAUGACUUUUGUUAUUUAUUUUGAGCGAAUUUUAAUUCAGUGGCAGUAAUGAACUUAUUUUUGUUGGUAUCAUUUGAGGAAUUUCAUAUUAUACAUUGAUUGCAUGGUUAAAUAUAAGCACUAAAAACACAUUACAAUCAAUAAUUUUAAUAAUUCUAGAAUAUGGUUAUAAAUGCAGGUUGAUGCACUUAUUAAUUCACUCACAAAUGAACAAUCAUUAGCUGAACAAAAUAUAUUUUCAUUGUUAACUCACACUUGUGCCUAUUUAUUGUAGAGUUUUUAUGUCAACAAAAUAAUUGGAAAAAAACGUUUUUUAGUGAGAAAGUUCGCCAUUUUUCCCUACGUUAUGGAAGUUGUGCUUUAAGUUUUUUUUUUUAUAUAAUAUAUUUUUUGUACUUUUGUUGUAAUUCUUAUCAUUGAUAUUCUGUUUCAAUAAUAAAAUUGCAUUUUUUUAAUUAU